UAGAGAGAAAAACCAUUGUGGUUUGUAGCCUUAGUAACUAGUUCGAGUCCAUGCUUGUAGACGGACGACGCGGGCAGUAUAAAUGUACAGAACGUCGUUGGGCUCCUCACUAUUAACCCGUCUGCAAUCCAAUGCCUGAAUCUACCACACCCUUGCACAUGAGCUCGCACUUUAGCCUCUUCGAGGACGAUUGCGUCGAGUCAGAUGCCACCAAUAGUGCCACUGACCCAGAAGACGAGCACACACUUACUACUUUGGGUGAACCCUCCCUCAGCCAAGAAGAAGAAACGCUUGGCUGGGUUCCAAAUGACAUUCAUCACCUUAAUUGUUUAUGUUUGAAGGCGAAGUAUAGGAGUGCCCAGGACAGUCCACAGCAUUCGGCUAGAAAAUUCUGGGACCCAUUGACGUGUUCACUGGGUUCGACUUCUUUCCCACCUGCUGAGUAUUUCAAAAGAUACCGCUUGCAACGUGCUGAAAAAUUUCAGCAUGCACAAGCAGCAGCUGCCGAGGCAGAAACCCGAUCUCGUGCAGCUGACUCAGGAGAGUCAACCUCUAAUCACUCGAUUGCUUCAUACGAUUACGAAUCGGAACAAUUGGUUUCUGAAGCCCCUGAACCAGUCGAGGAAUGGAGGCCUCUGAGACCCGAAAGUCCGAAGUGAGAUGUUGAUGAUUGAAUGUAUGUAGUUGUAGUAUUAUAUGUUGUGCAUGGAGACCCUUUCAUUGUAAAUGUAAACCGGGGGCCCAUUGCGAGAAACAUAGAUGGAUUGUGUAAUCCUCUUGGCCUGCUUGGUAGCUGGAGGAGAUGAUAAGUACUAGUGGUAUUUCGGUUGAACGUCAACAGUUUGUACAGCCACACCAGAUCGGAUAUCAGACGCUGGAACACACGUU